AUGCUUGAAACUGGAAUCGAAUCUGACACACAAAUCGAAAUGCCUGAAGACGUGCAGAUGAUCACACAGAGACAACUCGCAUUUAUGAAGAAUAUCAAACUGAAAAGAAUUCAUAUGAAUCUCGUUAAAAUGAUACAUCCAACCGUAGAGCAUGUGACUCUGUCUCCUGAGCCGCCAAAAGAAAUAGCCAUUGCCAGUGAUUAUGAUGAAACAAUGCUUAAACAUCUCCGGAAAAUAAAGGAUUUAAAAUAA